UUCACUCUCACAGGCUCUCUCACAGACCCUCCCUGCAGCUGUAUCUCAAUGACACAAACUGAUGUCUGUCAUGUCUAUGUUAUUUGAUCGCUUACACAAUGGAGUCACAGCAUGUGCUUAAGUAGUAUAACACAGCUAGAAUAAGAUGCGCACAAGACUCUUGGAAAUUCUGUCCGGACAUUAAUAUGUUGUCACGUUUUGUUUGAGUCAUUCUUGUUUUCAUUGGAGAAGCUUUAAAGAUUUGAGGCCUAAUUAAAACUUGGUGAUAUGUCUGAAUCGCCCUCAUCACCGUCCACAGGGAAGAGACCUGUGCUGAAGUCAAUGGAUGCCGGACAGAGUCAGAGCCGCUUCCAGGUGGACGCAGUGGCUGAUGAAGCAGCCGCUUCCAGAACCGCCGGUGGAGCAACUCCUUCAGGACCCAAGCCUGCGGCAGCCGAGGAAGCAAAGGGCAGGUUUCGGGUGGUUGGUUUUCUAGAUCCUGGUGGAUCUACGAAUCCCCCCGAAGCUUUUGAUUUUGCUCAAAAUGGGGACACUGUUAAGAGUGAGGGCAGCCUUUAUUCCUCGGGUCAAACGCACUUUUCUGACACCCAUUCUAACACAUAUUACUUGCGGACUUUUGGACACAACACCAUUGAUGCUGUCCCCAACAUCGAUUUCUACCGGAACACGGAAGCGACUCUCGGAGAGAAGUUAAUCCGACCGUCGCUCUCAGAGUUGCACGAUGAACUUGAUAAGGAACCCUUUGAGGAUAUCUUCACCAAUGGGGAGGAGUUCAGCGGCAUGGAGGUGGUGCCGGCGAGGGAGAAGCCGGAGUCCAAGGGAACGGCCGUCAAGUUCGGCUGGAUCAAAGGAGUACUGAUACGAUGUAUGCUGAACAUCUGGGUCAUGCUCUUCAUCCGCAUGUCAUGGAUCGUGGGUCAGGCCGGGAUUGCUCUCUCUUGUGCGGUUAUUAUGAUGGCUGUAGUUGUGACCACCAUCACCGGCCUCUCUACCUCUGCCAUAGCAACCAACGGCUUUGUGCGAGGAGGGGGAGCGUACUACUUGAUAUCCCGGAGCCUGGGGCCGGAGUUUGGCGGAUCCAUUGGGCUCAUCUUUGCCUUUGCCAAUGCAGUUGCCGUGGCAAUGUAUGUUGUUGGCUUUGCUGAAACUGUUGUAGAGCUUCUUGAUAGUGUUGAUGCCCUCAUGACUGAUGAGAUCAAUGACAUCCGCAUCGUUGGCACCCUCACCGUUAUUCUUCUCCUCGGCAUAUCGGUGGCGGGAAUGGAGUGGGAGGCCAAGGCUCAAAUUGUCCUGAUGGUGGUUCUGGCGGCAGCCAUCUUCAACUAUUUCAUCGGAACUUUCAUUCGUACGGAAUCAAAAGAACCAAUGGGGUUCUUUGGUUACAGUGCUGCGAUCAUGAUGGAAAACAUGGGCCCUGAUUUCCGAGACGAGGAGAACUUCUUCUCUGCGUUUGCUAUUUUCUUUCCUGCAGCCACUGGCAUCCUAGCGGGAGCAAACAUCUCAGGAGACCUAACAGAUCCACAGGUGGCUAUUCCAAAGGGAACUCUGUUGGCCAUCCUGAUAACUGGAGUGGUUUAUAUUGCUGUGGCCAUUUCAACAGGAUCCUGUAUCGUCAGAGAAGCCACCGGCGACCAUAACGAUAGCAUCACAGUACCCAAUGUGAACUGCACCGACGCUGCCUGCACUCUGGGCUACGACUUCUCCAUCUGCAAGGAAGGAGGCUGUCAGUUUGGCCUUCAAAAUGACUUUCAGGUGAUGAGCAUGGUGUCGGCCUUUGGGCCUCUGAUCACGGCUGGCAUCUUCUCGGCCACUCUGUCCUCGGCUCUGGCCUCUCUGGUCAGCGCCCCGAAGGUGUUCCAGGCGUUGUGUAAGGAUAACAUCUACCCAGGCCUCGGGGUAUUCGCAAAGGGUUAUGGGAAGAACAACGAGCCCCUGAGAGGGUACCUGCUGACCUUCUUCAUUGGACUAGCCUUCAUUCUGAUUGGUGAGUUGAACAUCAUCGCUCCCAUCAUUUCAAACUUCUUCCUGGCCUCCUAUGCCCUCAUCAACUUCUCCGUCUUUCACGCCUCCUUGGCCAACUCCCCAGGCUGGCGUCCGAGUUUCAAGUACUAUAAUAAGUGGGUGUCCCUGGCGGGGGCCAUCCUGUGCUUUGUGGUCAUGUUCGUCAUCAACUGGUGGGCUGCCCUUGUGACCAAUGUCAUCGUCAUGGCUCUCUACAUCUAUGUCGGCUACAAGAAACCAGAUGUGAACUGGGGCUCCUCUACUCAAGCGCGGAUGUACAACCAGGCUCUGUCCCACUGCCUGCACCUCACGGGAGUGGAGGACCACAUCAAGAACUUCCGGCCCCAGUGCCUGGUGAUGACGGGGUACCCCAACUCACGCCCAGCGCUUAUCAACCUGGUGCACUCCUUCACCAAGAACGUGGGGCUCAUGGUCUGUGGACACGUCCGUAUGGGGUCGCGACGGCCAGUCUACAAGGAGAUGAUAAAUGACCAGCAACGCUAUCAGCGCUGGCUCCUGAAGAACAACACCAAAGCCUUUUACACACCUGUGUUCGCUAAAGAUCUGCGGGAUGGAGCUCAUUACCUGCUGCAGGCUACAGGGUUGGGUCGCCUGAAGACCAACACAUUGGUGUUAGGGUAUAAGAAUAACUGGCAGGAAGGUGAAAUGAAAGACGUAGAGAUUUACAUCAACACAAUUCACGAUGCUUUUGACCUGCAGUACGGUGUGGUCCUCUUAAGACUAAAAGAGGGGCUGGACAUCUCACACAUCCAUGGACAGGAUGAGCUCACGUCAGCCCAAGAGAAAGCCCCCGGGAGUAAGGAGUUUGUGGUGUCCGUCAGCCUGAGCCGAGACCGAGACUCGGACAGUGACACCUCCAAACCCCCGUCAAAGGUCACCAGCGCCCAGAGUAGUCCCCUCAUGCACAGGGAUCCUAAGAAUCCCACUGUGCAGUUGAGUGUGGCUGACCAGAAGCUUCUACAGUCCAGCCAACAGUUUCGGAAAAGACAGGGCAAGGGCACGAUCGACGUGUGGUGGCUGUUUGAUGAUGGAGGGCUCACUCUGCUGAUUCCAUAUCUGCUCACCAACAAGAAGAAGUGGCAAGACUGCAAGAUCCGCGUCUUCAUUGGCGGCAAAAUCAAUAGGAUUGACCAUGACCGCCGAGCGAUGGCAGCUCUCCUGAGCAAAUUCAGAAUCGAUUUCUCCUUCAUCACUGUUAUUGGAGAUAUCAACACCAAACCCAAGAAAUCAAAUAAGGAGGCAUUUCAGCAGAAGAUAGAGCCGUAUCGGCUGCGGGAGGAUGACAUGGAGCAGGAGGCUGCAGAGAGGCUCAAGGCCCAGGAGCCCUGGAGGAUCACCGAUAAUGAGCUGGAGCUCUACAGGGCCAAGACCAACAGGCAGAUCAGACUGAAUGAACUGUUGAAGGAACACUCCAGCAUAGCCAACCUCAUUGUGAUGAGCAUGCCUCUGGCCAGGAAAGGGACGGUGUCCAGUGCGCUCUACAUGUGCUGGUUGGACACACUGUCCAAAGACCUGCCUCCUAUUCUCCUGGUGCGCGGCAACCACCAGAGUGUCCUCACCUUCUACUCCUAAUGUUCCGGCACCCACAACAUUCCCACAACAUUCCCACAACAUUCCUACAACAUUCCCACAACAUUCCCACAUGGUUGCAAUCAAAAAUACUUCACUUCAUAUGAUUUUUUUCCCCCUGGUCAAACAAAGACUCACCAUUCAUUAAGGCCGUGAUGCCUACAGGGCUCCAGAGCACAUUGAAGAUCUCAUUUAACCAGGGAUGUUCUGUUAAGGUUUAUGAUGGAUUAAUAACUCUGUUUGUCAGUCACUGGAUGAUGUUACUUUGCCAAAUGGCCAUGGAAUGAGAAUCCAUAUAUAAUAUAUAUAUAUUCUAGAGCCAUGUAAUGUUAACAUUCACUUGAAAAAAGUGCACUGAAAGAAUAUACAGAUCAGACUUCGCUGGAAAUGGUUUUGUUGAGAUUGUUACUGUCACCACUGAUUAAUUACUGUCAUUAGACUUACAAAAGUAUAAUAAUUAAUGUGCAUUUUUGGUCCGUGCUGUUUCAUUUCUAAUAUUUAAUUUAAUCAAGGGUCAUGGAACCACCACACAGUAUGCCAACAUUUAUUUGAAGCCAUUCAUAUUCCGGGGUUAAAACCUAGUACAUUUAUUUGAAGCCAUUCAUAUUCUGGGGUUAAAACCUAGUACAUUUUUUUGAAGCCAUUCAUAUUCCUACUAGGGUUAAAAACGAGUACAUUUAUUUGAAGCCAUUCAUAUUCUUACUGGGGUUAAAAACUAGUACAUUUAUUUGAAGCCAUUCAUAUUCUUACUGGGGUUAAAAACAAGUACAUUUAUUUGAAGCCAUUCAUAUUCUUACUGGGGUUAAAAACAAGUACAUUUAUUUGAAGCCAUUCAUAUUCUUACUGGGGUUAAAAACAAGUACAUUUAUUUGAAGCCAUUCAUAUUCUUACUGGGGUUAAAAACAAGUACAUUUAUUUGAAGCCAUUCAUAUUCUUACUGGGGUUAAAAACAAGUACAUUUAUUUGAAGCCAUUCAUAUUCUUACUGGGGUUAAACCUAAACCGAGUACUUUGUUGUUGUUGUUUUCAGUGCCAUGUACUAUUGUUUACUAGACAACCCAUGGGAAUUAUCUUGUGACAAAAAUGUUAGUAGGUUUUAUAUUUGGGACAUGAGUUGAAACAAUUCCUCGUUGGUUUGAGACUUUCUCGUGGUACACUGUCAGUGCUUUAAGUCAAAUAAUUAUUUCUGUUCAAGGGUGCCUUUGGCUGAGGUCUGUCGUCCACACCAAAUAAUUAACCACAGUCCCAUUACAUAUACUGAAGAGAGUUGUUUCCUCCAAAUGCAUAUUAUAUUUGCUUAAUGAAUAGAUCUUCUAGACUGAUUAAGAGAAAGGUGAUUGUCACUAAUCAAAUAUAUUAAAAUGAACAGCAUAUAUAAAAACAAAUGACCAAUAAACUAUUUGGAUGUGAUCAUCUGAAGAAUAUUAUAUGGAAGUUAUAUACAAUGUAUGAUUGACACACAAUAAAAUCAAAAUCAAAUGAAAACGAAAA